CCUAUCCUUUAUUAAUAAUAAUAAUAAACUAAAUGUGACAUUGGUUAAAGACUAAUAAGCAGCCACAAAUUGAGAAGUUGGACCCAAACUCCUUAUAGAAACGGAGAAACCUCUCUAGAAGCAGCUUCCAGUCCUUUUCUUCUUCCAUUUGAGUAUUUGACCUCCAUUCCAUUCCUCCAAAUUUCCCUCCUUCCACAUUACGAACAUCCGAGAACUUCAACUAUAGACUUUGAGAAUUAUUUUUUCCAUCCUCUACCCCUCAGUAAUCUAUGCACAACCAAACCCCUCCUCGAUUCCUAAAGCUUCCGUCUUUGCAGAAAACUUGAUGCCCCCAGCUAUCUCAGCUUCUGAUAAGCUCUCUUCCCUCUUACUCCGACGAUGGCCUCCGACCGGCCUCUCCUGAUUCCGUCCCCGCGUACGCCGGUGCCAUCGGAUGACCCAGCACCUAUUACUUUUCCGCCGCUCGCCGCCACACGUUCCUCGUCCUCCUCCUCCCGCAGGAAAUCGGCGGCUCCUCACUCCCGCAACUUGUCAGUGGAGAACGUCGGCUUCUCCGCUGAGAUGCGUUCGAGCUCGAAAACCUCUUUUUCUAUCGAGACCAUUUCGCGCUCGGUGUCCAAGCAGCAGCAGCCGCCACCGAUGCCACGGUACGGCUCCCGCCGGUCGGAAUCAGGCCACAUGAGCUCCUCGCAGAAAGAGAUCAGUGAUGCCGACGCCCGCCUAGUGUACAUAAACGACCCCGACCGCAGCAACUCCCCUGUUCGGCAUCCUAACAACUCCAUCCGCACCACCAAAUACUCCGUCCUAACCUUUCUACCCAAAAACCUCUUCGAGCAGUUCCACCGCGUUGCCUACAUCUACUUCCUUAUCCUCGCUGCCAUCAACCAAAUACCCCAACUAGGCGUCUUCACACCCGCCGCUUCAAUCCUCCCCCUCGCCUUCGUCCUCGGAGUCACCGCCGUCAAGGAUGCCUACGAGGACUACCGCCGCCACCGCUCGGACCGCACGGAAAACUCCCGCUCUGCUUCUGUUCUAUCCUCUUCCUCAGACUUCCAGCCAAAGCCAUGGAAAGACAUCCGCGUCGGAGAGAUCAUCCGCGUCCAUUCCAACGAGACUAUCCCCUGUGACCUUGUCCUCCUUGCCACCAGCGACCCAACCGGCGUCGCCUACGUGCAGACUAUCAAUCUCGACGGGGAAUCCAACCUUAAAACCCGCUACGCCAAGCAGGAGACCCUCUCCAAACCCCUGGAAACCCUCACAGCUAUCAUCCGUUGUGAGAAGCCCAACCGCAAUAUCUACGGUUUCCACGGCAACGUCGAAAUCGAUGGAAGUAAGCAGCGUGUCUCCCUCGGCCCAUCCAACAUCAUCCUCCGCGGCUGCGAGCUCAAAAACACGACUUGGGUAGACGGCGUCGCCGUCUACACCGGGAAGGACACGAAGGUCAUGCUCAACAGCUCCGGCGCGCAAUCGAAGCGCAGCCGACUUGAGACCCACAUGAACAGAGAAACUAUAAUCUUGGCCGUGGCCCUCUUCGUGGAGUGCACCAUCGUGACGGUGCUCGCCGGUGCUUGGCUCGGCCGGCACCGGGACCAACUUGACGACCUGACGUAUUACAGGAAGACUGAUUUCUCCGACAGGGAAGUAGGGAAGUACAAUUACUACGGGAUCGGAUGGGAGGUUGUGUUCACUUUCUUCAUGUCGGUGAUUCUGUUCCAGGUCAUGAUUCCGAUCGCGCUCUACAUUUCGAUGGAGCUCGUGAGAUUGGGGCAGGCCUUUUUUAUGAUUCAGGAUGAGAGCUUGUUUGACAAGGAAAGGGGAAACAGGUUUCAGUGCCGUGCUCUUAAUAUUAAUGAGGAUUUGGGGCAGAUCAAGUAUGUUUUUUCCGACAAAACAGGGACUUUGACAGAGAACAAGAUGGAGUUCCGCUGCGCAAGCGUGGUCGGAGUAAACUACAGCGGCGGUGCCGCCGCAACUGAUGUCGUAGAAGAAGGCGUCUCCGUCGUGGUGGAUGAGCAAAUCUGGAGACCAAAGAUGACCGUUAAGACUGACCCUGAGCUCCUUAAAUUAUUGAGGACCGGAGAGGGAACAGAGGAAGGAGAUAAAGCCCGAGAAUUUUUCCUGGCUUUGGCCACCUGCAACACCAUUGUACCGAUCUUGUCUGAAACAGAGGAUCCUACAGUUCGGCUAAUAGACUAUCAGGGUGAAUCGCCUGACGAGCAAGCCUUACUGUACGCCGCAGCCGCUUAUGGCUUCAUGCUCAUCGAACGCACCUCCGGCCACAUUGUUGUUGAUGUCUUCGGUCAAAAGCAGAGGUUUGAUAUUUUGGGUCUUCACGAAUUUGAUAGUGAUCGUAAGAGGAUGUCAGUUAUAGUGGGCUUUCCUGAUAAGACAGUUAAGGUUUUUAUUAAAGGUGCAGACAGUUCAAUGUUUGGUGUUGUAGACAAGAUGUUGAAUGUGGACAUAGUUCAAUCAACCAAAUCACACCUUCACACCUUCUCAACAUUGGGUCUGAGAACCUUAGUCAUUGGUGUGCGGGAGAUGAGCAAUGUUGAGUUUGAGGAGUGGCAUUCUUCCUAUGAAAAAGCUAACACUGCAUUGUUUGGGAGGGGCAGUUUAUUAAAAGCAGUUGCAAUGAAUAUUGAGAACAACAUUAGCAUUCUGGGAGCCUCAGGAAUCGAAGAUAAGCUACAGCAAGGUGUGCCUGAAGCCAUUGAAUCUUUGAGGAAAGCUGGGAUCAAGGUCUGGCUUUUGACUGGGGACAAGCAAGAAACUGCAAUUUCCAUUGGCUUUUCUUCCAACCUCUUAACAGGAGAAAUGACCCAAAUUAUAAUAAAUAGCCAUUCCAAGGAGUCAUGUAAAAAGAGUUUAGCAGAUGCCCUUGCCAUCACUAAAUUAGUAGCAGGAAAUUCUCCAGCAGCAGAAAACAGUAUUGCAGGAGCUGAUGCUGUAAAGUCCCCUCUUGCUUUGAUAAUUGAUGGUACCAGCCUUGUCUACAUCCUUGAGACUGAGUUAGAAGAAGAGCUGUUCGAAGUAGCAACAUCAUGUAGUGUUGUUCUGUGCUGCCGAGUAGCUCCAUUGCAGAAGGCUGGGAUAGUUGUUCUAAUCAAGAGCAGAACAGAUGAUAUGACUCUUGCUAUAGGAGAUGGUGCGAAUGAUGUUUCAAUGAUCCAGAAGGCUAACGUUGGGAUAGGCAUUAGCGGCAGAGAAGGGAGGCAAGCUGUUAUGGCCUCGGAUUUCGCAAUUGGACAGUUCAGAUUCUUGGUACCCCUUUUAUUGGUUCAUGGUCACUGGAACUACCAAAGAAUGGCAUAUAUGAUAUUAUACAACUUUUACAGAAAUUCUAUUAUGGUGUUCGUACUUUUCUGGUAUGUGUUAUAUACAGCUUUCAGUUUGACAACUGCGAUCAGUGAAUGGAGCAGUGUCUUGUACUCAGUUAUUUACACAGCUCUUCCAACCAUAGUAGUAGGUAUUCUAGACAAGGAUUUGAACAGGAAAACACUUCUGAAGUACCCUCAGCUCUAUGGGUCUGGGCAAAGAGAAGAGCGUUACAACCUAAAACUGUUUAUUUUAACCAUCAUGGAUUCUGUUUGGCAAAGCUUAGCUAUAUUUUUCAUACCAUAUCUGGCUUAUAGACACAGUACAGUUGAUGGAUCCAGCAUUGGUGACCUCUGGACCCUUGCAGUUGUUAUCAUGGUAAAUCUUCACUUAGGAAUGGAUAUUUUCAGGUGGAAUUGGAUAGUACAUGCGUCCAUAUGGGGCUGCAUAGUUGCUACCGUCAUUUGCGUCAUCAUCAUAGAUGCAUUGCCCAUCCUACCAGGAUUUUGGGCAAUAUUCCACGUAAUGGGCACCUGGGUAUUCUGGUUCUGCUUGCUUGCCAUUCUAAUCGCCGGCAUGAUUCCACGAUUUGCAACGAAAGCUUUUACAGAAUUCUUCAUUCCCAGUGAUAUCCAGAUUGCAAGGGAGCUUGAAAAGUUUGGUAAUAUAAAUGAGCCCCUGGUUUCUGAAGUUGCAACGAGAACUUUGUCAAUCCAUCAACAGCAGAAUAGACCAUAGAAUUCUUUUAAUAAAAGAAUCUUCCUUGUUUUUUUGGUUGUUCUUUCACCUGAGUGUAUAGUAGCCUUAUUCUUUCCAGCUGUAAUCGGAGUUUAGGCCGAUUGCAAGCUUUAUAAGCUGUCCAAAUGGAUAGUUGUUGUCUGUAGUAAUAGCAUUUUUUCCUUUAAAUCAUAUUAUAACUGCAUAUUAGAGUUGUACACAAUACACAGUUUCCUCAUAGCCUUUCCCUUGUCUUAUGCUGUUGCUGAGUUUGCUGAUGACAUGUGCAAACAUCAGCUUUCAGGCUUGUAGAAAAGUGAUUUUUACUGUAAAUUCAAUGAUAUUUUGAAUUUCUGCAACAUAUAUGAUCACUCUCUUCAAAAGUUGCAGGAAAACCAAAUUGGUUAUUUCAAGUGAAAGUAUUUGUGGCCUAUUGUUUAA